CUGGAUGUUUCUAGCCUGUCAGUGGAAAUAAUGAGAGUUCAACUGAAGGGUGAUGCCAUCUGUACGCUCUGUUUGGUGGUUGCGCUUUUCACCAUACUUUAUUCCCAACUGAGUCACCUGUCCCUUCGCGAAGAGCAGGGGAAAGGGAAGAAGACAACUUUAGGUGCAACGCACAAGGGCCUCCGUCAUCCUGCCGUCCUCCAAAGACAGGCAGAAGGUCGGGAGACGGGAACAGUGCCCAGAAUUAUUUCUGCUGUGAAACACAACCAAGAGGCAAAUGACAAGGAUUCAGUCACCACUCCACCACGGUUGACAGUUUCAGCUUUUGACUUUAGGAAUUACCUCAGGAACAAAGACAACAGGAAGUUUGACCUCCUCAUCAAUCAACCCAAGAAGUGCACAAGGACUCCAGAAGGGCCCUUCUUGCUCAUCGCCAUCAAAUCGCUGGUUGAAGACUUUGACCGCCGGGAGAUCGUGCGGAAAACAUGGGGAAGAGAAGGACUGGUCAAUGGGGCUCAAGUCCAGAGACUUUUCCUCCUGGCCGUUCCGAAAAACAAGACAGCCCUGCCAACCUGGGAAUCUCUCGUUCGACAGGAGAGCCUGAUGUAUCGCGACAUCCUGCUGUGGGACUUCCUGGACACGUUCUUCAACUUGACUUUGAAAGAGAUACACUUCCUACGCUGGGCCGACGAAUUUUGCUCCAACACCAAGUUCAUCUUCAAAGGGGACGCCGACGUUUUUGUCAACGUGGAGAACAUCAUCAGCUUCCUGGACAGCCACGAUGCCUCUGAGGACCUUUUUGUUGGGGACAUCAUCUACAAUGCGCACCCGAUUCGAACCCGCAAGAGCAAGUACUACAUCCCGGAGACAAUGUAUGGGUUAGGCAUGUACCCGGCCUAUGCUGGAGGGGGUGGUUUCAUAUUAUCGAGUAGCACUAUGAAGAAACUGUCCCAGGCCUGUGGCCAAGUGGAACUCUUCCCAAUUGAUGACGUGUUUUUAGGCAUGUGCCUGCAAAGAAUCAACCUGAGGCCCGUUUCGCACGAAGGAUUCAAGACUUUUGGAAUAACCAAGCCCUCCGCUGCCCCUAACUUGCAGACGUUCGAUCCUUGUUUCUACAAAGACCUCAUGGUGGUCCAUAGCUUGAAAGUGGCAGAAAUCUGGCUCAUGUGGAACCUGCUCCACAACGCGCGGCUCUCUUGCACCCAAAAGAAGCAAGUCAAGAAGGCUUUCCGGUGGAAAAUCAAAACCAAAGAGAUCACAAAUGAUUAUGGCACCUAAGGGUGGGUUUGCUUUUGUUUGGUUGUUCAACGAUUUCUUGACCUGCAUGGAUGAAUGAACCACCCGUUUCUAAUAUUACAGAUAGAGCUUCCUCAUCACAAGAUGCAGUAGUUUUUCAAUUAGAGAUAUCAAGCGCUGGGCAUAGGUUUUUAGCCAGAUUCAGUGCUGUGGUUGGGAGUAAACAGGGCAAAUGUCUAGGGCAGGACCCCACAGAGUGGCUCCAAUCCAAGUUGGCCUCACAAGAGCUGUUUUGUGAGCGUGACCCUUUCUGUGAAUGGCGGUUUGUUUCAUGAACAGACCGGCUGCAUUGGUUCCCACCCACUAUCGGAAGAGAGAGUCAUGGCAGAGAGGGUGAACCAGGAGAUCCUAAUACUGUACAAAGAUUUCUUUUUUCCAGGAAGGGAAAAGGCGAACUGUGAAGCGUUCAGAAACAAGUUGGGAGCUGAAGCGAAUGUCGAACUGGAUUACAGCACUGACCAUAAAAUCAUAGACAGAGUUAUUUAAAAACACGUCGGGCUGAAUUUGGUAAAGUCUACCUCCAGAUUAUAGGACUGUACCUUAAGAGAGCACAUUGCAGGAUAGCAUUUAAGAGCACUUUUUUU